GUAGCAUACUUGAACGAUCCUGCACAAUCCAUCGUCCAAGUUUCAACCGGAAAACAACCUCUCUUAUCUUCUUUCCUGUUGGUAGUAGAAGCGCUCUUUUGGAUUUUCAGAUAAAAGGAUAGAAUCAUCAAUGGAGGGUACUGUCAAAUGCUCAGCAAAUUAUGUACCUCUGACGCCCAUAAGUUUCUUGGAGCGUUCGGCAAUUGUAUACAGAGACAGGAUUUCAGUAGUGUAUGGCGAUUUAAAGUUCACUUGGGCAGAAACUCGUGACAGAUGCGCCAGACUCGCUUCUGCUCUUCACUCCCUCGGAAUCUCCCGUCAUGAUAUUGUCGCUGUCCUGGCCCCAAAUAUUCCUGCAAUCUACGAGCUGCACUUUGGAGUUCCAAUGGCAGGAGCAGUUCUCUGUACUCUCAAUAUACGUCAUGAUUCAGCAAUGGUGUCGACAUUGCUAAAACACUCAGGUGCAAAAGUCAUUUUUGUUGAUUAUCAGUUACUUCAUAUUGCAAAAGGGGCAUUAGGAAAUCUACUAAAGACAAGAAGCAUGACGCCUAAAUUAGUUGUGAUUCCUGACCAAGCUAGCUCAUCUUCCAGGGUUAGUGACAUGUAUUUCAAUAAUGACAUUUUAGAGUACGAGUCUUUCUUGGCAUCAGGAAGACCAGACUUUGAGGUUAUAAGGCCACAUGAUGAGUGGGAUCCUAUUGCUUUGAAUUACACUUCAGGUACAACAUCAAGCCCCAAAGGUGUUGUCUACAGUCACAGAGGAGCCUACCUCAAUUCUCUGGCUGCUGCUCUUUUAAACGAAAUGCCAUCCAUGCCUGUUUAUUUGUGGACUGUUCCGAUGUUCCAUUGCAAUGGCUGGUGCCUUACUUGGGCCGUUGCAGCACAGGGCGGCACAAAUGUUUGUCUAAGAAAUGUAACUGCAAAAGGGAUUUUUGAGUGCAUAGCUAAGCACCAAGUGAGCCACAUGGGUGGUGCACCUACAGUAUUAAAUAUGAUAAUUAAUGCACCAUCUGUUGAUCGGAGACUGCUUCCAGGAAAAGUGAUAGUGAUGACAGGCGCUGCCCCCCCUCCUCCUCAUGUACUUUUUAAGAUGGAGGAGCUGGGAUUCAAUGUUACUCAUUCCUAUGGCUUGACCGAAACAUAUGGUCCUGGAACAGUUUGCACUUGGAAACCCGAGUGGAAUUCACUACCACCUGAUGCACAGGCCAAGAUCAAGGCUCGUCAAGGGUUGCACCACCUUGGCAUGGAAGAACUCGAUAUCAAAGAUCCGGAAACAAUGCAAAGCGUACCACCGGACACAAAAACAAGGGGUGAGGUGAUGUUCAGAGGCAACACCGUCAUGAAUGGAUACUUUAAGGAUAGUAAAGCAACAGCUGAUGCUUUUAAAGGUGGAUGGUUUCGAAGUGGGGACGUGGGGGUGAAACACCCUGAUGGAUACAUAGAAUUAAAAGAUCGAUCCAAAGACAUUAUCAUCUCAGGAGGGGAGAAUAUUAGCUCGAUUGAGGUGGAAUCAGUGAUUUAUAGCCAUCCAGCAGUUCUGGAAGCUGCAGUUGUUGGAAGACCAGAUGAUUAUUGGGGUGAAACACCUUGUGCAUUUGUCAAAUUGAAGGAUGAUUGUAAUGCAAAUGCAGAUGAAAUUAUCAAGUAUUGCCGUGAUCAUUUGCCACAUUAUAUGGCUCCACGAACUGUUGUUUUUGGGGAAUUGCCAAAAACUUCAACAGGAAAAAUACAAAAAUUUGUUCUCCGCCAGAAGGCCAAAGAUAUGGGAAGUCUUUCAAGGACCAGCAGAUUAUAGCAUUUCCAUCGUCUGCAAACUAACAAUGUAAACUUCCACCACCUGGUUCUGUUGUUAAGACUGCUAUCACAUCACAAUUGAUCCCUCACCAAGAACUUGAUCCUGUUGGCUUUUUGGGGUGAAGGUGGAAUAUUGAGGAUUUGAUCCGGUACAAGGAAGUGAAAGGCAUUUAAUAUCUUCUUAAUUUGUUCCAAGGCGAGAUUAUAAUGAGUUAAAUGUCAAGACUUGAGUUGUAUUUGAUCAACCAUAUAAUGUGCUUUAGUUUAAUAUGAGAUCAGUAUUCCACUUCAA